GGUAUGUAAUCCUUGGCACUUUCCUACCUUUGGGCAGCACUCGCCAACUGUUGGAGUGGGGAACCUUGCAAGAACAACAGACUCCAACUGCCAGUUGUCCCACGCUGGGAAGCUGCGCAGCUGCCCCGUCCCCUCUAACGGUAGGUGCCGUAAUAGGUGCCAUAGGUCCUGGCGGUAUCGGUAUCGACCCUAAGCGGCUGCCCUGGCAACGCUCGGACGGUAGUACCAAGAAAACAUUGGCCCAGCAUGAACCGCCCAAAUUCUCCCCAUUCCAAGACUACCACCCAGCCAGCCCGACCGAAUAAAGGAACCGGGGUGGGACACUUCAUCAUGCGUUAUGAUUUUCUGUGAAACAUAUUUUCCCAACUCAUAAAUAAAUACUCUCUCUCUCUGCCCCUAGCAACAUUCGGUAGUUAAGAAGAAGUUGUUCUAAUAAACAGAAUUACUCACUAAUAAACCGCUAUAGAAAAAAGCAGCUAUUAGUUAACACUAUAUUUGAUCUGCAGCCCCCCCGAUUUUAACUACCAACCCCCCCCUUGUCAACAAACCAUCGUCAACUUGCUCACCAUAGGUACAAAAAAAAAAGAACAGCAGCAUUAUAGCAGCAUACAAGAUAGCUCACCUGCGCAGCCAUGUUGCGAGGCAGGUCAAAAGAAAGGUCCUCUCACAGAAAAGUCACACCGCCUUCGCCAACUUAUAUGAACAAUGAGCAAUUCGCCGCAUAUUUAGCAAGUCUACGAGAUAAUCGCAUAAGUCGUCCGGGAGGUGCACGGCCCCUUCCUCCUUCGUCAAAGCCACCGCACCGGGAUUCCACAGAACGACUCGCCACCGGCCGCCCAUCCCCCGCGGCCCCUUCUGUCUUGUCCGAAGCCCCUAGCAGUACUCCCCAGAGGCCGUUAUCAGAUCUGCCAAGGCCGCGCGGUAGCCGCCCUAGUGUCGCCCCGAGCAUGGCCUCUCGCUAUUCCACCGUAUCUUCCAUCGGGAGGGAUUAUUACCCGGACAACCCCACCGUUCCGCCUUUGAAACCCGGCGAGUUCGUUCCCAGCGCCACGUAUAUCGAGCGCGGGCAGAGAUGGAUGGAGAAGGAAGAGGCCGUCUCACUUCGCGAGGCAAUGGAUGCUAUGGACGCCAUGGCCGUGAAAGCCGAGGGCAAAGAUAAGCAAAGGGAUGGAGAGCAGCAGGACGACGAUGAAACCCGGAUUUAUAAUGCGGCUCUCGACGAGGCGGCAGAGUUAGUCUGGCAGCACGAACAUGGGAUAAAGCCACCUGAGCCUGGAGCUCCCUACCGAUAUAAAUCCCACUUGCGAAAGGAUAGUUACGCCCAUGCUCGUGCCGCUAGUGCCGGGCGGUAUGGUGGUGAGAUUAGCCCUACUGGUCUCGCGAGGGACUCUAUUCGAUCACUCUCUGCUAGUUCCUCAGGUAGCGACAGAGCGCACUCGCCAGUGAGUGGACGGACAAGUAUCGAUCAGCAGCACACUCAUUCCGUUGGAUCGACUAAGUCAAUAUCGAAAUCGUAUGGCAACGUGGGUAGUACAACACGCUCGAACUCUGGUGGCCGACGUCUUAGCAGUUUAAAGCGCAACAUCAGUGGGGAGGUUGAGAAACCCUUUUCAGGAGAUCAAAUAUGGGAAGAACCAGAAACGAUCACCCCUGAAAAGACCCCGAAACGGACUCCAUCGCCAGAGAAACCGCCAAAGAAAUCGGAACCCCUGGGGCUGAAGGCGAGAGGCAUACCUAACAGGGUCCAAUUCGCUCCAGCCUCGGUUGAAGACGAUCCGGAAGAUAAUCUAUCGUCGGUGCCCACCAAACCGGUGUCCAGAACCGAGAUUCAUAGGAAUCCUCCGUCACAAUCCCGCAACCCGGCCUACACCACGAACACUCCGGUAGACUUAGCCCGAAAGUCCCAGGAAACGCCGACGAAGAACGGCAUGGAGAUUCGCAGCGACGAUAUUAGAUUGGCAACUAGCAUGCGGCUCAAGGACCGCAGCGCGAAGCUCCCCACGCCCUCGGCCGUCAGCGACAGCCCGGGGCGUCCAAUCGUAAGCUUUGAUAGAAACUGGAAGCCCCCAGUGGAAGAGGCGACUGAUUCAAAACUAGACGAGUCCAAGCCCAGCAGCCACCGAUCUAUCGGGGUCGUCGGUAAAGAGCGUCCGGGCCAGAAUCCGCAGCCGCCUGUCCCUACUAUCUCAGUUAUGCCGGAUACUGAAGGCCCGAAGCCGCCGUCUCCGUCGCGCCCGUCCCGCGCCACGCCGGCCAUCCCGAGUAUCCAAAUAGAUGGGAUGGACAACAACGGUCCCAAGGUGCCGUCGAUCUCGGUUUCAAAUGACGGCCCGGCUGUCCCUACUAUUAUACUACCUGGAGACGAUGAUAAUAAUAACAAAAAUAACAAAGCACCUAAUGUACCCACUAUAAAUACCCCUGACGGUGGUAGCGGUAGAAAACUUCCCGCCAGACCCUUACCAGACCCCAAAGCACUCAAUAAUAACACACAAGAUCGUCGUCGAAGCCAUUGGUCUCCGGCACCCGGAGUGACCGGCCGUCGCGCGACCGCGGUCUGCCACGAGUGCGCAAACCCUAUCGAAGGACGCUUCGUAGCCCUAGCCGGAGCCUCGGAGCGAUUCCACCCGCAGUGCUUCCGAUGCUACUGCUGCGGGACGGCGCUCGAAGCGCUCGAGAUCAGCCCGGAGCCGGACAACUUCCGGAACGAGCGGCUGGAGCGGAUCCGGCGGCGAGCGCGGGGCGAGAUCCUGGACGAGGAGCCGGGGAAGACGAUGGCGGAGGACGGGGACGAGCGGCUGCGGUUUUAUUGUCAUCUGGACUGGCACGAGCUGUUCGCGCCGCGCUGCAAGCACUGCAAGACGCCGAUCCUCGGGGAGCACGUGGUGGCGCUGGGGGCGCACUGGCACUACGGGCACUUCUUCUGCGCCGAGUGCGGGGACCCGUUCGAGCGGGGGGCCACGCACAUCGAGAAGGAUGGGUACGCGUGGUGCGUGGGGUGCCAGACGAAGCGCACGGAGCGGCGGGCGCCCAAGUGCCGCGGGUGCCGGCGCGCCGUCAUCGGCUCGUACGUGCGCGCGCUCGGGGGCGAGUGGCACGACGAGUGCUUCCGGUGCGCGUCGUGCGGGGGCGGGUUCGACGACGGGCAGAUCUUCCCGAUGCCCGAGAGGGGGGAGGGCGUCGUGCUGUGCACGAGGUGUCGGGCUGCGGAGCUUAAGAUGUAAAAAAAAUAAAGAAAAAAAUAAAUAUAAAAAGAAAAGCUCAAGAAAUAAGAAGGGAGAGUGGGAGGGGAAAGGGGAAGGGGGCGUGAGUGAAUACAACACGACACGACAUGGACACGAUAAGCUGCAAUAUGACCUCCUCCUCCUCCUCCUCCUCCCGACUGAAAUGAGAUUACGUACGAAACGACGAAAUGAAACGAUAACCGGGAUUGAGAGAUUAUAAGAGGUAAUCGGAUA